AUGUCGACAUCUCGGCAAAGUUUAAUAAAUUCCGCUGUAAAUUUUCUUAAAGAUCCAAAUGUUCAAAGCUCUCCUCUACAAAAGCGUAUAGCUUUUUUAGAAUCUAAAGGUUUAACUUCCGAGGAAAUUGAAGAGGCAUUAAGGAAAGCUAAAAGUGAUGAGAUUACCAAGAAUACCGAAGUUGCCAUACCACAACAUACUCAGGCUAAUAAUGUCCCUUCAAGUGGUCAACCUGUAGUUAUGCAGCCUCCUCCGGUUCCAAGAAUGGACUGGAAAGAUUAUUUCAUUGCUGCUGUUCUUGUUGGUGAGCUUGAUCGAGACAAACAACUUCUUACUGAUCAGUUCACAACUGCUUCUGAAACUUUGGACACUGUCAAACUUGAUAUCCAACUUGUUAAAAAAAGUAUUGAAGAACAAUCUUUUAAAGUUAGGGAGGCUUUAGAAAGAUUGGAUAAUAUGUUGAAAAAUUUAAAGGAUCAUGAAAUAAAAAAAGAGGUUGAACUUAGAAAUUUAAAAGAAGAUGUAGACACAAUACGAGACUUGAUUCCAAAGCUACUUGAAAAAACGAAAGAGUCUCAAUCUCAAUCCCUAAAUGAUUUACAACAAGAACUCAAAUCAUUAAAAUCUCUUCUUGCAAAUAGACGGACUCUUUCUAAUGAUGUAUUACCAUCGUCUCCGACAUCAACUGUUACCCCAACUUCUCCUAUUGUUCAAUCUAUAUCCUCUCAUCCCGGAAUUACUUCGGACCGGCAAUCAAGAAGUGCAACCAUACUUUCAUAUUAUUCUAGUUAG